GAAAGAGAGAGAAGGGAAAGCAUUCGCCUCGCAUCGCAACACACUCUCUCUCUCUCUAAAAAAAAUUGAAUAGAGAAGGGGAAAAUCCCCAACUCCUCGCCCCAUAAACCCUAAUCUCGCUGGAUUCGCACCAGAAGCCUCCCAAAUCGGAGCCAUCCGGUGUUCCAGCUGCCCGCAGGAGCUGAGCCGUGCUCGGUUUGGUGAAAAAUUCCAGGAUUUCUGCGCUCGGAGCCGCCAUUUCUCUGGGCUGCUCCUCGGAGGGCAGCGGUUUCCCGGCUCGGGUUCUCCGGCGCCGGAUCCGGACGUGUUCCGGCGGGAGGUCGGGUUUCGCGUGGGGUCAGUUCAGCUUCGAGCUCGAUUUGCCCGCUCGAGUUGGGUCGAGGCUGCCGUGGCGGUGAUUGAGGUAGUCGCGUCGAUUUGACGGGUGGUUCUUGCCAUUUUGGUGAGCCAUUUUGGGGCGCGAAGGUUUCGCUGCGGGGCAGCAGCGUUUCUUGGUAAUCCUGGGCCAUUUGGUCUUUCUGCGUGGCUGAAAGGCGUGACCUUUGUGCCGUGCGAUGCACCCCAAGGCUCGAAUCCACGCGGACCCGGUGCUCGAGGUCGACCAGUUCGACUGCCUGCCGGAUUCGCUCGUCUUGCUCAUCCUGAACAAGGUGGAGGACGUGCGGUCGCUGGGCCGGUGUUCCGCCGUCUCGAAGCGGUUCUGCGGGCUUGUCUCCCUCGUCCACGAUGUGUAUGUCAAGAUUGACCGCGUCGUGGCGGUCGACGGCGACGCCGAGGACACGCUCAACCUGUCCUCGCCGAAGCCUCGGAACAUCUUCUCGCACUUCCUGAAGCUGAUGCUCUUCACAAUCAUCAAGCCGUUCCACAACAUGCGCAAUCCGAAUGGUAAUGGGAGGCCACUGUUCGCGCAGCUCUCACAGCACUCGCCAGCCCAGGUGCUCCGGAACUUCACGCACAUCCGGAAUCUUCGGGUUGAGCUCCCCUCUGGGGAUGUGGGUACUGAGGAGGGAGUGCUCCUGAAAUGGCGGGCAGAGUAUGGGAGUACACUUCAGAGUUGUGUGAUUCUGGGCGGUACAAGGGUUGAUCGCAGGCCUGUUGGUGGAGAGCAUGAACCAUCUUUGGAGGAUAAUGGAAGCAUGCCAGAGUCUUUCUAUACCAAUGGUGGGCUGAAACUCCGUGUCGUCUGGACAAUCAGCUCUCUGAUUGCAGCAUCAACGAGGCACUAUCUUCUCCGAUCAAUUAUCAAGGACCAUCCCACACUUACAAGCCUGGUACUAACAGACGCCGAUGGCCAAGGCACAUUGUGCAUGGGGGCGGAACAGCUGAAGGAGUUCAGGGAGAACCAGUUAUCAGCCUCAGCAUGCUCCAACAGGACUCAGGUCCCAGCCUGCAACAUGAAGCUCAAGUACGCCCCAUAUCUCGAGCUGCCUGGUGGUAUAGCGUUGCAAGGUGCUACGUUGGUGGCUAUCAAGCCAUCAACAGAGGGAAGCAAUGGAGGCCAUACCAGCCGUAAGGAAACUGAUGCUUUCAUCUCUGGAGCAUUCGAUGGGCCAUUCAAGGUUGCUGUGAAGGCGCUGAUGAAGAGACGAACUUACCUUCUGGAGAUGAAUGGCUUCUAGGUAUCCCCAGUUUUCUGGGGGUAUCUGGCUUGGUGGUGCUAGGCAUGGCACCUUUAGUUGACCUUUCCAUCUGUGUAAUAUCCAAGAUGGCACCAUCUCUAGAUCUCUAGAUGGUGCUUAUCUGCUGUUUUAGCUCUUUGUACAGUGGUGACAUUUGGUUAUAUGAAAAUCACAUGAAGUUAGUGCAUCUCUCGUUUGCUCACCAUUC